AUCUCGCGGUGUUUUGAUACUGACGGAGUACAACGGAGAUGUUUGGAGUUUUUUAAUAUAAAAUUAUUUAUUUAAAUAAAAAUGGCCGCCGUGGAGCGCGGAGCGGACAGACUGGAGGAGGGACAAGAAGGUGAAGAGGGAGACUCCCAGCCUUCAACCAGACAGAGAGACAAGUCACACAGUAAGACAAAGAAGCCUCGUAGGGAGCGUCGCCCAGGUGACCAGGGAACCGAGACGUUGGCCUUGACCACAUCUCAAGCUGCCAGUGACCAGCCACAGAUGGGGGUGGCUUCACAAAGCCAGGUGUUAGAGCCUGUAGCAGGACCCUCGGAGCAAGGGUCAGAGUCUGCAGCUGGCAGUGAGUCUGCUGGAUCUCCCAGACAACGGCGGUCCGUCAUUCGAGACCGAGGGCCAAUGUAUGACGAUCCCUCACUGCCAGAAGGUUGGACCCGCAAACUGAAACAGAGGAAGUCUGGACGGUCUGCGGGGAAGUUUGAUGUCUACCUAAUCAACUCAGAGGGAAAGGCAUUUCGUUCAAAAGUGGAACUCAUUGCCUACUUUGAGAAGAUUGGUGACACAAAGACUGAUCCAAAUGAUUUUGAUUUUACCGUCACUGGCCGUGGAAGCCCUUCCCGUCGUGAAAAGCGUCCUCCAAAAAAAACGAAAGUGGUGAAACCAUCAGGAAGAGGCCGAGGGCGACCUAAAGGGAGUGGAAAAAUGCGUCAGGCCACUGAGGGUGUGGCCAUGAAGCGAGUGGUUGAGAAGACUCCAGGCAAACUGCUGGUUAAAAUGCCUUUUGGAAAGGCUGAGUCCUCUGGAACCACAUCAAAGGGAGUGUCACCUACCGCAGUGCCCAAAUCCCGUCCAGGCAGAAAGAGAAAAUCAGAGCAGGAACUUCCACCUCCACCUCAGGCCGCUCCUAAAAAACGAGGGAGGAAACCAGGAUCAACCUCUGCAGCAUCAUUGGUCACUGCUGCGUCCACAUCCUCAACCACACUGUCUGGUAGCUCGACAGCUGCAAGCUACACUGCAGCCGCCAUCUUGGCUGCUGAAGCCAAACGGAGAGCGGCAAAGGAGUCUUCCACUAAACCUUCAGUCCAGGAAACAGCCCUACCAAUCAAAAAACGCAAAACAAGAGAAACUGUGGAAGAGAUGGAGAGUUUUCAGGCUCCAUUGGUUACAACUGCUGAGACUGGAAGCACCAGUACAGCAGAAGAGGAGGGAGGUAAAGUGGAGGGAGGUCCAAGCUCAGAUCCAAAGUCCACAUCCUCUGUUGGAAGCCAAUUGGAGAAACAACCUUCUACUUUGGAUGAAAGUGAAUUGCAAGGACACAAGGCCCAGAAGGCCCAGAAGCACAAGGAAAAAAGGGAAACUGGAGAUAGAGGAAGCAAAGUCAUGGAUGUUAGUGAAGAUGAAGGAGGGGGUGCAAGGAGUAGCAGCAGCAGUAGCAGUAGCAUCAUCCCUUCGAAAAGCCACAAAAGGAAGGAACGACAACCUCAUAAACACCAUCAUCACCACCACCAUCAUCAUCGCCACCAACAGCACUCUGAUUCACCCUUAGAUCACCCGCCUCCCCCUCCUCCAGUUGCUGAACCACCUUCUAGCCUACCCAGACCUCACGUCGAACCCCAGAUUGUGCCUCAUCUAACCUCUGAACAAAAGACACCCCCCAAACCACACCAAAAGUCUGUGCCUCAGCCCCCUCCUGAAUCUGUGCAACCUGUCCCUCAAUCACCACAUCAGUCCCAUUCCUGUCCUCAUACCGAAUUACCCAGUCAAUCCCAAACCCAUAUUCUGCAAGUACCCGAGUCGUCCCCCACCGGGCACUUACAGGCUGAACCAUGGCCCCAGCAACCCCCAGUCCAAACCGUCAGUCAGUCAUUGUCUACAAACCAGACAGCCCAGUCACAGCCUACACUCUCCACAGCCCAUAAUCGAAGCCAGCAUCAGACUUUACAUGCUCCACCUCAGUCCUUACCUACUCUACAUUCUCAGCCAUCUCAAACCAGGCAUCCACAAUCACCUGCCCAGUCCCCCACAGCACUCCAGCCUCAAAUCCAACCUAGACAUUCAUCUCAUACCCAAGCCCAGUUUAAACAAUCCCACCCUCAGACAUCAAUUCAGCCCCAGCUUCAAUCGCAGCCAAGUAUUCAGACACAACCUCAGUCACAAUCCCAAACCAGGACUCCAACCCAAUUUCAGUCUCAUUCACAGACAAGAAUCCAGAGGCAACCACAGUCUCAAUCCCAAGGGAGAAUACAAACACAAGGUCAAAGUCAACCCCAGCCUAGUUCCCCAACACAAGGUCAAAGUCAACAACAGAGCAGAACACCAACACAAAGUCAAAGUCAACAACAGACUAGGACCCCAACACAAGGUCAAAGUCAAACCCAGCCUAGGACCCUGACACAAAGUCAACAACAGACCAGGACCCCAACACAAAGUCAAUGUCAACAACAGACUAGGACCCCAACACAAAGUCAAUGUCAACAACAGACUAGGACCCCAACACAAGGUCAAAGUCAACAACAGACUAGGACAUCAACACAAGGUCAAGGUCAACAACAGACUAGGACCCCAACACAAAGUCAAAGUCAACAACAGACUAGGACACCAACACAAGGUCAAGGUCAACAACAGACUAGGACACCAACACAAGGUCAAGGUCAACAACAGACUAGGACCCCAACACAAAGUCAACAACAGACUAGGACCCCAACACAAAGUCAAAGUCAACAACAGACUAGGACCCCAACACAAAGUCAAAGUCAACAACAGACUAGGACCCCAACACAAAGUCAAAGUCAACAACAGACUAGGACACCAACACAAGGUCAAAGUCAACCCCAGCCUAGGACACCAACACAAGGUCAAAGUCAACAACAGACUAGGACCCCAACACAAAGUCAAAGUCAACAACAGACUAGGACACCAACACAAGGUCAACAACAGACUAGGACCCCAACACAAAGUCAAAGUCAACAACAGACUAGGACACCAACACAAGGUCAACAACAGACUAGGACCCCAACACAAAGUCAAAGUCAACAACAGACUAGGACACCAACACAAGGUCAAAGUCAACCCCAGCCUAGGACACCAACACAAGGUCAAAGUCAACAACAGACCAGGACACCAACACAAAAUCAGAGCCAACCACAGAGCAGUCAACCCCAGCCUAGGACACCAACACAAGGUCAAGGCCAACCACAGAGCAGAGCUCCUGUUCAACAUAAUCCUCUCUUGCAAUCUGGCCAGGCGAUGCUGCCUCAGACACAUAUGAGGCACACCUCGCAACACCAUCUCCAAACUCCAUACAGAGCCCUGCCCAGUCAAUCUCACACCCAGUCACGGCCACCAGUUUCCCAGUCCCACACACAACCAUGCUAUCAAAGCUUUCAAACACAACUGCAUCCCCAGUCCUCCUCUCAGCACACAAGGCUGCAUGCGCAGAACCUCUUUUCUCAUCGAUCAUCGUCAUCCAGUCAAACCCAGCCCAACCUCAUCCCUGCACAGCAGAACCAGAGUGAACAGCCCCAGGACCUGAGCACCACACGGCCUGCCCAAGAAAGCCAGUUCCGAAGAAGACAGGCCAGCGUGGAGGGCACCAGGAUGGAGGGCAGAAGGGAGCUGGCCCCAGCUUCAGACAACAGAGAGGCUUUAGGAGGCGAAAGAGGGUCAAACAGCACAUCAAGGCCUUCCAGCUCUGUGCCAGCAGGACCUCCAGGAGUAGCAGGGUCCAGCCUUGUGCCUGGAGCAGAUGGUAGGGCUCGACUGAGGAUGGACCCAGAGGCACCAGGUGAUAACAAGGAGCUCAGAGACAUUGUCCCACAGUCCACUGUCCCCUGUCCCAGUUGUGAGGAAACUGUAGAGUCACGAACAGCUGUCAGUGAAAGAGUGAGCUGAUCAGUGGUCAGGUGGAAGGCAGGCUGUUGGCCGGGCUUUGACGGAGGUAUAUGGAUCUUGUUCUGUUUUCAGACAGAAGCUGCAAGGACUGUCCCAACUUCUACUGUUGGGUUCUCUUUGUAAAGUUGGAGACUGUACAGUCAGCUUGGCACUGAACGACUGCUCGAGAGGGGAACGAAUUGUGUCUUUUUCUAGAAAACAACAAACGAAAAGGAAAAAAAGUGUGUGUGUAUAUAAUCUAAAGGCAGCUGUUGCAUCCUGCUAGUCUCCGUAGGGAGGUGGGGAGUAGUUUGGAACUAAAAACUGACGCUUAACAACACAUUACUCUGUUAAAAUGUUGCUUCCGGAAUAUAACCUGUUUUUUAUUUAGUAGUUCAUUCAUUUGUCUUUGUUAUACAGCUUUAAAAGUAAUAUUAACAAUGGCCCUGACUCUAACACGACCCAUGUUGACUGACAGUCCCUUUCUCAAACCACUCCUCAAAGGAAAGUCUACAAGGGGAUGCCGAGUGGCGUUUUGCACCUUAAAUCGGUUUCUUAGAAAUUCCAUUGUUUAUUUUCUUCAAUGUUUUCCAUGAACCCCAAAGUGAGCUGAUGCUUUCAUUAGUGUUCUCAGUUCUUGCACUUACCCUGGCCUAUUGCCAUUUUGCCUGACAUGAAAUGUAAGAAAGUUCUCGACCCUCUUCCAGAUUUCCCUAGAUACGCCGUGAAUCUGGAACUAGCUAGGACCCUAACUCUUCACAGCCACAAAACUGAAGAGUUCAGGAUUUCUCUCGGCUGAUUUAGGAACCAAUGAAUCCGGUAGAAAACAGAAGUCGCUCAUUGGAGUUUCAACAUUUCCAAUUCAGCCAGUUCUUCCAGGAUUUUUCCUAAACUGGUCUUCAUGAACUUGUUUGUUUCACUCAUAUUUUGUUUCUAAUGUAAGCACUUUUGAUAUCAAACCAAACCCAUGCCUACAGUAGCUUUAUUUGAGUUAUUUUAAUAAUUGAAUGUGUGGAAAAGGACCCCUUCUUAAUGUGUCUUUAUGUCAGAUGUCUGGAACAGUUUGCACAUGUCAACUUUAUACAACCAACCCCCUGCAUGUCGCUCAGAGACCCUGCAGGCCUUCAACCACAGCCCAUGUACACAUAGGCCAACCUGGCUCGCGGUCAUGGUCCAGGUUCAGGUCUAAUAAGGAAAAUGGUUCAGGCGGACUUGGAUGUGCAGAUGCAGAGAGAACUGUGAGGCUUCCACUUCAGAUCAGAGAGUCACAGUUUGGCGGUGUCAGGAUCCUCUAUAAGCUGCACUCAUGACAUCUUUAAAUGAUUUUAUUAGUUCUGGAGUUUAACCGGACUUAAAGUGGCAGAACUGAUCCACAACAUAAAACAGUAUAAAAUGGACCUGGUAACAGUCCUUAACCUACAACCUGAUUUCCCUUUGCUCCUCCUCAUCUGGAUCACUGGCAGAGUCUGUACCAGGACUGUUGCUGAUGACAUGUGGAGUCCUUACACGCCGAUUCCUCUUCAGGUUUAAAGCUGAGUUCACAUAGUGCAAUGUUUCAGACGUCCUAAACUGCAGACAGAACGAGCAGGAAGUCUUAAGCAGUAAUGUUUGGUCUAUGGUUGUUCAGAGUGACCGUCUGACCAGCAGCCUAUUCUCACCACCAAAGACGACCUGCAACACAGGCAGAAUGAUUGAGGAAACCCUUGCAGACUCUGAAUAUUGUAAUUGCAGAGAAAUCGUCUUUGCUUUCUGCCUAUUCAUCGUUGGGCUAAUAUCUCUGACGUUUGUGAGGAAUAUGUUUUUCAUUAAGUCUUUUAAAUCUUCCAUCAUUCAGUGCAGGGUGUGGCACAUAAAGUUUUUCUGGAGUUUUAAAAUCAAGACCCAGUGUUUGGUCUUCAAGACUCAUGAGGACACAAAGCCCGUGGGAAGAGACAGGAGAGAGAAUUAAAACCCCAAAAGUUUUAAAGCUCAACCAAAGCCAGAGAAAACUCACCUUGCCUGCAAGAUGAAUUCUCCUGGAAUUUGUGCGUUCACAAACACACAAGAAUCCGUCUUGUACCGCUCCAGCUUCAAUCGUUUGUGUCUGAACUAAAAACAGUUCGAGCCAAUCACGUUGCAGUUGAGCCCACAGCCGCACCAACACAAACAUGGCAGCCCAGUAGGACGCACGCGUAGCUGUAAGAAUCCACGAUACCGUGAUUGGCUAAAACCAACCUUUGGCAAGCGGGAACUAGGCGUCGCUUCGCCCAAUCAGCUGGAAAGUUCUCCUGAAUGUCCAUCUUUUCCCCAGACGGGUCCAAUGGGAGCAGAACCAGAUUGACAAAGUGCAGAACUUAGAGUGGUGCAUGUUGUCAACCUGGCUGGCCUGGGGUCCGUUCUUCGUCCGUUGAUAAAAACAUCCGAGAUCAAAUGAGACAUCCAAGAUGAUUUCAUCCGGCUAAUCAUGAUC